AUGGAGAAAAUAGAGUACAAAAAUAUAUCAGUUAACGGGAUAAAUAUGCAUGUCACAAAAAUUGGUGAAGGUCCAGCAGUUAUAUUUGUACAUGGCUUCCCUGAACUAUGGUAUUCAUGGCGCCAUCAAAUGUUAUACCUUUCUAACAAAGGUUAUAGAGCCAUUGCACCUAAUCUUCAUGGCUAUGGAGACACUGAUUGUCUAUCGGAGAUUGAUAGUUACACUACUUUCCACAUUAUUGGUGACUUAGUUGCUCUGCUAGAUGUUCUUGAACUAGAGCAACUAAGUGAUGCGGCUAGUGGACCCAUUUCGCCGAUGGAUGUAAGGAGAUCACGUGAUGAUAGUGAUCCUAAUGACAUUCUUUGA